AUGAGACCUCUUUAUGUUUAUUAUAAAGGAAUAAAAUAAGCUUUUCAAAAGUUUUAAAAUAAUUAAAAUUCUUUAAAUGUUGUUGAUGAAAAAAUAGCUCAGUUGAAAUUAAAAAGAUAAAUUUUAAAGGAAAAACUAUAAAUUUAUUAAGAUGAAUUUUAAAAAAUGCAUAAUAGGAAAAUAAGGUACCAUAAAGACAUAAUUCCUGUAGAAUAAGAAUAUUAAUAAUAUAAAGAAAUAAGUAAAGAAAUUUAAAAAUUAGAAUAAAAUUUACUAUAAAUUUGA